ACUACCUUUUUUCCCUUAUAGUGAAGCCCUCCACUUUAUAGGACAUGGGUAUUUGUCUGUAGAAAAAAAUACCUCAAUCCCCACUUAGAAUUUGCAGUCUACCAAAAAAAGACCGGAAUUACAGGCCAAACAUUUGGUCAGUAUUAGGUGUAUUGUGAUCUAAAAGCUCACCGUUUACUGAAAAUGGGUUUUCGAGGCAUUGGCUUUCUGCUCCAUUGUUACCUGGUGUUGGCAGCAGCCAUGUAUUUUGAUCUUGGAGAGCAGGAGGAAAAAUGCAUCAUUGAGGAGAUUCCUGAAGACACGCUGGUGACUGGUUAUUUCUUGUUGGAGCCUUGGGAUUUAGGGGUGACCAGCCACUCCCCUCACUUUGGUGUUACUGUGACAAUCAGAGAUCCAAACCAUGAGGUCCUGAUGACCAAACGUUUCGGUAAAUUUGGUAAAUUCACAUUUUCAGGUCAUGACUCAGGUCAGCACUACCUUUGCUUCCAAACCAACUCCACAAGGUUUUCUGUCUUUGCAGGAGAAAGGCUGAAGCUACAUUUGGACGUUCAGAUGGGAGAGCACUCGAUUGACCCUAGUCAUAAAAUCGCCAAAGACGACAUGGACACACUACAGAACAGCCUCAUGCACCUAAUAGAUCAGAUGAUGUAUAUCGCCAGGCAACAGGAGUACCAAAGGGAGAAAGAGGAAGUGUUUCGGCAGAUCGGCGAAGACGCCAACGGUAAAGUCUUGUGGUGGGCUGUGGUGCAGACCUCUAUUCUGUUGUCUGUCGGUUUUUGGCAGAUGAAACGACUCAAGGACUUCUUCAUUGCCAAGAAGCUUGUCUGACCACAGUCUCUGACCUUUCAACACUGUAUCUGUCGUUUACCCACACCUGUCUCAGGGUUCUCUACUGUACCUUCUCUACUGUAACCUGCAACAAAGAGGCUUUAAUAAGCAUAUGAUGGAUAUACAGAUAUGUGUGGAAAAAUGUGUUUGUAAUAAAUAAAGCUAUAAAACAGUGGACAGUGCCCAUCUAUAUUAUACUUUGAUGAAGAUGUCCAUAGAAA